GGAUUAUAUAAUGGAGCCUCUUUUAGAUAAUCCCACUCCUGAUUGUGAAGGCAAAGGAUGUAAAGAUCUCUCAUGCUUCAAGUGUGAUGAUUGAUUGAUAUAUUUAUGUAGCUACUGCAUGCUUCUCAGCCAUUUUAAUUGUGAAUGUACACGACUUGAACUAGAUCUUGCCAAUACAAGGUUUAACUUCAUUGUUGAAGGCUCAGGAAAUCCAUUCAAUAAAAUACCUAUGGUAGUUGAGGGGUAUAUAGUCAAUAAGUUUAUCCUUGAAAUUAUGCAGAAGUAUUUGUCAGAGCACGAAAAUAUCUCUACUGAAGGAAUCAGCAAACUAUUUGAGUGAGAGCAAAAUUGAAUCCAUACACAAACACAGAUCUAUGAGACAAAAUUCGGCAAUGAAGGUGAUCGUCUUCAGAAAGUCAUGAGAAGAUGCAACAAUGUAAUUCUUGGGUUCAAAAAUCUCCUGUUCAAGGACAAUUUCAAUAGAAUUAGCGCAAAUCCUGACGUUUGUCAUAAGCUCGGACCUGCGAUGAUCGAAGACAUUCGCUUCAAGCUCAGUCAGAGAGUACAAUUUAAAGCCAAAAUAUCAAAAUUAUACCCUUCAAGAGAAACUGUUCAGGAGAUCACAGAAGAAGUUGAUGAGGUUGAAACUCUACUUGAUGAAAAGGAGAAGGAAGUAAUCUCUUAUCAACAAAUAUAUGAACUCUAUAACUACAGUAAUAACGAGGUUCUUGAAGACCAAGCAAAUGGAGAGAAUGCUAAUGAGAAUAUGAUCUUGGACCUUCCUUUACAUUCGAAACAAUAUCAAAAAGUGUUGACAAAUUUGAAAAAUUUUAUACUCCCACAAAUUAAAGGUAUUUCAUGAAGCAGCCUUAAUGGCGACCAAGAAGACCUGAUUGAGCUAUGCCAAGAAUGCCUCACUGGCGACUUAGAGAUAGCAUCGUUAACAGGAUUCUUCAGGAAGGGACCACGAUUCAAGAGCUAUUUAGACUGCUUACUUCCAAGAGUAACUAAAGAGAUCUUCAUCGGCUGGUUCACCUUUGAGAAGCGAGAUCUUGAGAAAUUGAUGAAAAUAUGAGCUAACAAGAAGAAAUUCUGCCUUGAAAGAUGCAAUUUAUUAAUCCCGCACAACUCUCUGCCUCAUUUUUCCCAAGAGGAGAAUGAAUUUAUUGAAUCUUUGGAAGAAGACACCCUUGAUUUCUCAACUGAAGAAAGGGCAACAUUGCCAUGAAUGAAUCUCUAUGACACUAAAUUUACUGAAAAGGCAUUUGAGAUCUUCAUUAAAGCUCUGGAAAACUCUUCGCUAGGAGACUCAAUCUAUGAAAUCUAUGUAUACAGGCUUGAAAUCCCAAAACAAGUUGUGAAGGAAAUCACCAAAAACAGUAAGUUCGAAAUUGUGUUCUCAUAAUUGCGCAACCUUUCCAAAGAUUGCAUAACUUACUGUCAAUAUUGCC